GCCACGGAGAAAUAAUAGAGGCCAUAACUCGUUAUUUGGCUAAGGACAUGAUGCCUAUAAACACAGUGACCAAAGAUGGUUUUGUGAGUCUGAUAAGGAAACUGGACCGAAGAUACAGCAUUCCAUCACGCAAUUAUUUUUCCCAAGUCGCCAUUCCAAAAAUGUACGACACAUGCAGGAAGACAGUGGAAUCGGAACUGGGUCAAAUUGAACACUACGCCUGUACCACAGAUCUUUGGUCCAGUCGAACGACAGAGCCCUACAUCAGCCUCACUGUACACUUCCUGGAUCAAGACUUUGAACUGAAAACGCGAUGUCUACAGACAGCCUACUUCCCCGGAGAACACACUGGGGAAAACAUUGCGUGUGGACUACGUGAGGCUUUGACCAGCUGGAAUUUGCGGGAAGAGCAGCUAGCUUGCAUCACCACCGACAACGGGUCAAACGUUGUGAAGGCCACCGAACUCAACCACUGGGUCAGACUUCAGUGUUUUGGCCACAGGCUGCAUCUUGCCAUCGAAAAUGCUGUUAAAGAUGACAGCCGCAUUGCCCGUGCUGCUGGGCUUUGUAAAAAAUUGGUGGGACAUUUCUCCCACAGCUGGAAGCAGAAGAUGGCACUGAAAGAAGCACAACAGGAGCACAACCUCCCAGAGCACUCACUCAUCACAGAAUGCCCAACUAGGUGGGGCUCGAGGCAAAAGAUGAUGGAGAGGAUCUUGGAGCAGCGGCAAGCCAUAUCUAAUGUCCUCUCGGCAGACCGAAAAACACGGCAUCUGGUUCCCUCCUGGCAGGACCUGGAUGUACUGGAGUCUGUAAACCUGGCAUUACACCCUUUGCAAGUAUUUACUGAUGCUCUUUCCGGGGAAAGCUAUGUGAGUGUUUCAUAUGUGAAACCAGUCCUUCAUCUCUUGAAUACAUCAGUUCUGUUGAAUACAACAGAAAUGAAAGAAACAGCACGGAAGGAGGGAACACCUUCUGACAACACUGAGGCCCAAAGCAUGGAUCCACCCAGCAACAAGAAGGCAAAGCGAUCAUUGGGCAGUUUGCUCAAAACAAGUCCAGGCCCCACCACUCCCACCGCAUCUUCCAUGCAGCUGGAGCAAGCUCUUGAAGCUGAACUUAACAGCUACUUGCUGUCCCCCACCAUUGACAGUGAGGCAGACCCUUUGGCUUGGUGGAAACUCCACCAGGUCACCUACUCAAAGCUGAGCAAACUAGCUCGGAGGUAUCUUUGUAUACCUGCCACUAGUUCACCCUCUGAGAGGCUAUUCAGAACUUGCCCUAAAGAAUAACUUGCCAUAAGGGGUAGAUUUUUUUUUUCCUGAUUGUAUCUUGAUUUAGUUAUUUCAAUUUCCCCCCGCAUACUAUAGAUCUCUGCACCUUGUUGGGCGGAGUCGAGGGCCUUGAUGAUUGUAAUGGGAGACAUUAGUUAUUUUAAAUUGCCAUGCCCAUGUUUAAUUUAUAUUUAUUUAAUUAUUUAAGUUGUUUUCCCCCAGAUAUUUUUUUAUUUCAAGAGUUCAAUGUUUUUGUUCAGUUUAGAAGAAAAUAUUUUAAAUAGAGCAGGGGAAAUUAAACUUCGUUGGGUGUUCAUGUUGUGCACUUUGUUCAAUAAAAGUUAAAUAAAAUAAUUUAUUUCAUUUCUUUA